AUGGGCGGCGGAGCACACUACGCUUAUCCCAAAGAAGUUUGGACACCUUCAGGUGGAUGGUGGUCAAGACCUGGUAAUUGGGCGACUAACACUGCCAUAUGUGUAUUUGGUAUUGGAGUAGCAACUUUUGGUGUAUGGAGAUUAUCAGCUAGCAAAGAACAAAGGCAUAUUGCCCCUACUCGAGCUAUACCUUCUCAACGUUGGUCGCCACAAGCAAGAGAAAUUGGAGUGAGGAAGGAAUGA